CGGUCACGCGUGCGCUCCCGAACGUCGCGUCGGCACCGGCUAGCAGCCCCUCCUAGGGGCACACAGCACCGGGCGGGAGUCGGAAGGGGCACACAUGUGGAUUCAAAGUGCAGCGGAGUAGCGGAGCCACCCCACGUCUCCACAAAGCGCGCGUGGGGCCCCGGGGGAUCGCGCAGUCUGAGGAGCGGCUGAGUGUGCGGCUAAAAGCUCUUGACGGUGUAAUAAUAUUCCGGGGGGCGGGAUCUCAGCCCCUGAAUAAGUAAAGUAGCUCGACUUGUGCAGACGGGAAAGGCGCGUUUGCAUUGCGCUGCGCUGCAGCCGUGUGUCGAUGCCUCUCCGCUCCGCCGUUGCUCUUCCUUCCCCGGGAUUUCAGGGUAUUUCGUCUCCUUCGAUGAGGGUCGGCGAUCUGGCGUGGUGACUUACAAAGAACGGGGAAAGAAAAGAAGAACUGCUCGGAGCCCAUGGAGGAAGACGUUAUGGACAAACUGGAUGAUAUGGCCUCUGUCAGCGACUUUGACCCCAUCACGGGCAACAUCCCGGCCACUAAAGUGGAAAUCACGGUGUCUUGCAGAAAUCUUCUCGAUAAGGACACCUUCUCCAAAUCAGACCCCCUCUGUGUGCUUUACAUUCAGGGCAUCGAGUCCAAGCAGUGGAGGGAGUUUGGGCGGACAGAGGUGAUCGACAACACGCUGAACCCCGACUUUGUCCGCAAGUACAUCCUUGACUACUUCUUUGAAGAGAAACAGAAUCUGCGCUUUGACCUGUAUGAUGUGGAUUCAAAGAGCCCAGAUCUGUCCAAACACCCCACCGAAUUCAACGACUUCCUGGGUCAGACUUACUGCACGCUGGGCGAGAUUGUGGGCUCUCCGGGGAGUCGGUUGGAGAAGCCUCUGAGUGGCAUCCCAGGGAAAAAAUGUGGCACCAUCAUUCUGUCUGCGGAGGAGCUGGGCAAUUGCAGGGACAGUGCCACCAUGCAGUUCUGUGCCAACAAGUUGGACAAGAAGGACUUUUUUGGAAAAUCCGACCCCUUUAUGGUCUUUUACAGGAGCAACGAAGAUGGGACGUUUACAAUUUGCCAUAAAACAGAAGUUGUGAAGAACACACUGAAUCCUGUGUGGCAGUCCUUCUCCAUCCCAGUGAGAGCCCUGUGUAAUGGAGACUAUGACAGGACCAUCAAAGUGGAGGUUUAUGACUGGGAUCGAGAUGGCAGCCAUGACUUCAUUGGAGAAUUCACCACCAGCUAUCGAGAACUGGCCAGAGGGCAAAGCCAGUUUAACGUGUAUGAGGUGGUGAAUCCAAAGAAGAAAAUGAAGAAGAAGAAAUAUGUCAACUCUGGAACGGUCACGCUGCUCUCGUUUACUGUGGAGUCGGAGUACACGUUCCUGGACUACAUCAAAGGCGGCACCCAGAUAAAUUUCACAGUAGCCAUUGACUUCACUGCGUCCAACGGCAACCCAUCUCAGUCCACAUCACUACACUACAUGAACCCCUACCAGAUGAAUGCGUAUGCCAUGGCUCUGAAGGCGGUUGGAGAGAUCAUUCAGGAUUAUGACAGUGACAAGAUGUUCCCAGCAUUGGGGUUUGGUGCCAAGCUCCCUCCUGAUGGAAGAGUUUCCCACGAGUUCCCUUUGAAUGGCAAUAUUGAAAACCCCUAUUGUAAUGGCAUAGAAGGUAUACUAGAAGCAUACCACCAGAGUCUGAAGACAGUCCAGCUUUAUGGGCCAACAAAUUUUGCACCAGUUGUCAACCACGUGGCAAGAUAUGCAGCUGCUGUGCAAGAUGGCUCCCAGUACUUCGUCCUGCUAAUUAUCACAGAUGGUGUCAUAUCAGAUAUGGCUCAAACAAAAGAAGCCAUCGUUAACGCGGCUAAACUCCCAAUGUCCAUCAUUAUUGUCGGAGUGGGCCAGGCAGAGUUUGACGCAAUGGUGGAGCUGGAUGGAGACGACAUAAGAAUCUCAUCUCGGGGAAAGCUGGCAGAGCGCGACAUUGUUCAGUUUGUUCCUUUCAGGGAUUACAUCGACCGAACCGGCAACCAUGUCCUGAGCAUGGCCAGGCUUGCCAAGGACGUUCUGGCUGAAAUCCCGGACCAGUUUAUCUCCUACAUGAAGUCACGAGGGAUCAAACCCAAUCCAGCCCCACCUCCUUACACACCCAUGGGCCACACGGUCCACACGGUGCAUACGCAGAUUUGAAGCUACAGGCAAGACACCGCAAGAAAACAAGCAGCAAGGCCUUUUGGGGGUCUUACGCCUUGGGAGGGGUGGGGGGUGUGGGCAUCCGUCAGUUAGAAACUAUGUGCGGGUGACAUGGGGUCCGCAGAUGUGCUGUGAGGGAUUUUACUGAUUUCUUGAUUUAUCUUUAACCAGUGGCGUGCCAGGCUGGUAAGAGCAGUCUCCGCUCCGCGGAUCCAACCUGCCCGUGUCCGUCCCUAUGUGUGUCGCUGAGUGAGUAGUGGCAGUCUGUAGAUGCGAUUGUGUCUUUUACUCAAUGAAGUUUACACACUUCAAUUGUAGAGUUUGAAAUCUUUACAUGAAACUAAGGCGGCAUAUGUUUUUGGGGAUUUUAUUUUUUAUUGAUAUAUUCAAUCCUGGCCUCUCCUUCUCAACACGGGAGGACCGCCACAUGAAACUGAUGUGACGUUGAGUCAGUUUUGAAGCCAGUCUGAUGUCCAUAAUGCAUUUUAACAGGAUAAUACAGGCCAUCUCAUCUGCUAUGCAGGACAGAGAAGGGAGUUCAAUAAUGUCAAGCUGAACAGAGCGAUUAACUGUUAUCGUCAACUUGUCCUCUAUUCAAGAGAAAGGUGUGUUGACUAGAGUUCAGGAAUGUGCUGUUGUGAUCUGAAGCAAAGAGAUCUGGCUCUGGGUAUCACAGUGGCUUAGUGGGUAGCCUUGCCAUCGUAUAGAACUGGAAGCCCAAUUCUAUAAUAAUAAUAAUAAUAAUUCUUUACAUGUAUGUAAUGACUUUCUCACUAUUCAAAGCGCUUCAGUCAGUUGGGAGCCACUUCAACUACCAUUAAUGUGUACCAUCCACCUGGACAGCAGCCAUUUUUGUGCCAGUACACUCACCAUACAUUAGCUAUUAGGUGAUGAAGGAGUGAGAGAGAGAUAGCCAAAUAGGGACAGGGAAUGAUUGGGGGGCACAAUGACCAGGCCAUGGUGGGCAAUUCAGCCAGGACAUGAGAAGUGUACUACUCUUUAUGAAGGAUGGCCAGGGAUCCUUUAUGACCACAGAGAGUCAGGACCUCGGUAUUACAUCUCAACCGAGGGAUGGCACCAUUUUUACAGCACUGCACUGGGGCAUUGGCACUCACACACAGACCAUAGGGUAAGCACCCCCUGCUGGCCCCACCAACAUCUCUUCUAGCAGCAGCAACCCAAGCUUUUCCUAAAUGGUCUCCCAUACUCCCAAAUACUGGCCGGGCCCGAACAUGCUUAGCUUCAGGUGGAGGACCUGUUCUCAGGUGUAUGUGGUAUGGCUGAUGGUAUCCUUGGUGUCGAUUUGGCAUAUGCUCAUGUUUACAAAGAUGGACUGGCAUGCUGAUUGGCCUGAUUGAUACCUGGUGUGAGGACUCAAAACAGCCUUAAUUUUGGUUUCCUGUGGACUCUGCAGCUUCACAAAAUGGAUGGAAGAGUGUUGGACUCUUUUUAUUACCGUUAUACCAUGACAAAAGAUUAAGAACCUUCCACACUGAAGUUCACCCUUCCAUCCAUUAACUGAACCUGUAUAAUCCAUGUUCAGGGUCACAGUGAGCUGGCAGCAUCAGAUGUGAGACAGGAACCACCUUGAAGUGGAUGCCAAUUCAUUGCUGGGCACAUUUGCUCAUUGAGGAUUAGUUCAGCGCUGCCUGUGAACCCGAUGCAAACAUCUCUGGGAUUUGAGAAGAAAACUGGAAUAGCAGGAGAAACAACAAACAGAAACACAUGGUGAGAACAUACAAACCACUCAAAGAUGGUGACCUGUCUUCUGGAGCUGUAAUAGAGCAGUGAAGACCACUGCACCACCUUGAAAAACAAGAAGCUGAACUGUUGUUACAACCUGUAAAAAUCACCCCAACUAAUUUGCCAUCCUCAAUUCAACCGACUCUUAUUUUCACACACUCCACGUCUCAGCCUGGGGGUUCCUCAUGUCUUCGGUAUGGCAGUUUCCCCACAUUUGAUUUCCAUGGUCGUGGCUAUAUCCUGAGACCAGUGGCUUCAUAGAAAGUUUGCUGUCCAUUGUAGUUUGUCAUGCUGUGACAAUGUGGUGCAGAGGCGCGUCCCGCAGGUGGUGAAUAGGGGAGCCCUCUUGUUUACACCAGAUAGUGUGGACGAAGAUGUUGUGAACCAACAUUUUCUAGGAGAAGAAAAACUCUAAUUCCCAAUCCAUACUGACUUGAGAGCAUGAGUCCUGCAUCAGCAUGCUGAUCGGUCUGAGACAUUGGAAAAGUCUCAUGUCAAAUGCGGACAAAUGAUGAUCAUAAGCUACGGACAGAAAUUCAUCUAGGAAAAGAAAGCUCUCAUUUCCAACCUGGGCAGAUGGAUCUCAUCGGCCUUGGCUGGUAGUCCAUCUAGGAAAAGACAAACUCUGAUUUCAAACUCAUGAUGGCCUGACGACCAACACCCCAUACUGGUGGGUUAUCCAGACUCCAACAGCAGAGCACACUGAAGAGGAAAGUGUUUCUCCCAAUGGCUGUAAAGGUGGAUGAGUACUGUGUAGGUGGCAACUGUGAGAUAAAACUUCAACUGCCGAAAAUGGAACACAGCGGCCAAUUUGGCACAAGUUGAAAUUAACACUUCUACGAUAAAAUGGACAUGAAAAUUAUCUUUAAAACAAUGUAGCAUACACCAACUUGAAGAAUAAAAUAGUAUGCGCUGAUGGAGGUGAGCUUCUAGAGUUUCUAGACCAGACCUUAGAUGGUGAGUAGCUGUACCAGACCGGACCCCUGAGGCGCUUUAAGUGUGUAGCAACCAGAAAGUGUCAGCCUUAAACUGGGUGAAGAUGGCGACAGCUGUUUGAAUGUUGCUGACACCUACUGGAUAUCAGGUGAUAAUACACUGCCUCCAACUUUUGGGGUGCUUUCUUCUGCUGUUGGUACUUAGACAGGACUGAGCCAGGGUGACGGUCUAGACCAGUGGUUCUCAAACUGUGGGGCGGGUCCCCUAGGGGGGCGCGAAGAUGUGAAAAAAAUAAAGCAAGAAUCGAAAAUAUGAAAAAUACAUCUAUUGAAACCAAAACAAAUCAACUUAAACUACAUUCUGAUACUAGAAAAAUAAAUAUAGAGUUAGAUAAAUGUCGAUAAAAGUUAAGUAGGUAUAAUAAAAUACGCAUCUAUGAUAUAUCAUUAAUUUAAAAAGAACAAAUUGGUAUUAGUGGGCUCCUUUAAAAAAAACGUUAGGGGGGCGCGAAUAAAACUGUUAUGAAAACUCGGGUCGCAAAUACUUAAAGGUUGAGAAACGCUGGUCUAGGAUAAGAUAAACAAGAUAAGGCAGCUUUGCAGCCCUCUGUCCAUUCCAAACUUUAGAGACUGGUACCUUUCUACUCGUUUGUCUUAAUUGCAAUAACUAAUUAACAUGUCAGCCCCAAACCUCUGGAAAAGAAAACUUUUUAAGAUUUUCAAACCAAAGCGGCAGGAGAUAUGUGUGCGUGGCCGCCAGGCUUUGGUGACAGUCGAGCCUUUUGUGCGAGCGCGUCAGAGAGAGACAGAGACGGGGAACACGAUUCGCCUCGGCAUUUAGUUAAUUAACAUGCUGAUCAUGUAAAGCUUCACCAUUCGUCACGGAACAGCUGAAGCUGUGAAACUCAAAAAAGGAAUCGGGAAUAUUUAUAAGUGAAGAUUAAUAGAGACAAGCGGAGCAACACCGUAUAAUUAGAUGUGCGGGCUUUGUUCUAACAGGAAAAGCCCUCACCUUAGAAAAGGAGGACAAGGGAAAUUAAAACGUACGUCGAGCCACCAAGGCCGUUCGAUCUUGUGUCCUGGAGGACCCGGCUGUCACAAGUGACUGAGGAGACAAGCGCAGUAUCUUUACAUAAAUGAAUAAAUAAAACGUCCAGGCUUCACAAGCUGAUGCUCCCACCCACCAGGUUCUUCAACUUCUCUUCAUUUUCUGAUCCUGAUAUUCCAGUUCAGGGUCAUAUGAAGAACAGGGUAUAUGGGCUGUCACGUGCUGAACCGACGGUGCGGACAUGAAGAUCGACUGUUAACACCUCUGUGAUAAAAUGGACAUGAAAAUGAUCUUUAAAACAACGCAACAUACAUGGUGCUACUAAAGCAGGUGGCACAUUACAUGGUUUCUUGUCGGAGGGUGUUUUAUCAUGUAAGGGUUUGACAGAUUAUUUUAUUCCCACACCCACGUUUCUGGAUAUGUAGACCCACAUACAUGUCCCCCACCUAGCCUGGAAAUAGACACUCGCAAGGCACUUGCAACUGGAACGAUGCAUCCAAAUUCACCCCAUUCUGUCGUGAUACAUAAAACACAAGGCCUCAGAGAGAUGAGACGCCCGUCUGUUUGUGAGGUCCAAAACACCCACCCAUUCUUCACAGCCAUAUUCUGCGUAUUGAACUCCCAGGAGAGCACUCCUGGUUUGUCAUUUCUCACAUACACACAAGUCUACCCAUAACAACUUAAGGCACAAUCAGAAUUGUCACGGCGAGUCACACACUGAUGUUGGACUGAUCCACUGGGCAUGUCAGCGUACACGACAGUGUGCUGUGACUGCCUCCAACUCACUAAGAUUAUGGAAAUAAACUCUUCAGGCUGAAAAUCGCUAGAGGAAUCAUGUGAUGUAACAGCACUGUGAAUGUUCUAGUCUGCACUUUGCCCGUGCGUGUUUCUAUUAGCGCCUCUGUGACUGUUUCCAUUUGGUGGCAUGUCUGUAGCAGGGCUGUGAAAAAGAGAUGACCUACCAAUCAAAAACUGGAUGGAGUCCUCCUUUGGCUGUUUCCACCAUCCCUGCCAAGUUCUUGACACAGGUGACCAGCAGGGACGUACAUUGACUUGAGAGCCACCUAAGCAAAUACAACCCCAGUUAUUCAUGUGUAGUCAAUGAAGAUGAGUCGGCACAGACCGGCAGCUGUCAGACAGAAAGUGGCCAUCUGGGUUGAUGACAAAAUGACAUCAUUUGCUCUGUGGUCUGCGUAUGGUAGCGGAAUUUGUCACUGUAGGCUAGUUUCCAUUAAACUUUACAGAUUUAGAGGGUCAUUAUUGUCACUUGUACAGAAUACUGAGAAAUUCUUACUUGCACGUGCUAAUUAGCAUGCAACACGUUGUCACUUUUCAGUGCCAUGAUUAGGUUAGGUAAACUUUAUUAUCCCAGAGGGAAAUUUGUUUGCAGUGAGAAAGUAAAAAAAACAGAAGCAGAAGACAGUUACAGAGUAAGGAGUAUAACUUUCAUACUUGGUCUUGUCAUUAGAGGUAAAUCCACACAUCAGUGCACCACACUCUAGCAGAAAUGGACCAAUGGAGAGUCCCUUCAUCUUUAGCCAUCACAGUCACAGCAGUUGGGGGUCUGUCCUGGUAGCAUCACAUGCAAUUCGGGAAUCAAACCUAAAUGAUGGAGGUGCCAGUUAACUUCUAGGCACCGGUGUUUGAAGUGGGCCAUACUGGCACUACCCUGUUCUGCCCUUUGCCAAUCUUUCAGACUUCCAAAAAAAAACACACCCCAUCUCCGAAGAACUUGUACUAUUGGGAUUAUGUCUAGACAAUUAUACAAGAAUAAAUCCAAAAAUAAUAGCAAAUUGAAAAAUUAUGUGGUAGCUGUAACGGACAGAAGCUAAUACAAUACAACAUGAUUGUGGUGGCUUAUGGGUAGUUUGAACACACACAGUGCAGCGCUGUGCCGUUAAUCUCUAGUUUAAUAUGAGGUCAAAUGAACAUGGACAGUCCGCCGAGGGAGUGCACCAUUUUUGAACAAUAUGCUGUGGUGAGAUUUCUUUGGGCAGAGGGGGUGAAACAUUGGCUUGUGUAGAUCAGUAAGCUGUUUGUGGGCCCGUCUUGCACAAACUUUCUAGUACCCUAAGAUCCUCAUGCACUCUGGAACGUGCAGACCCAUAGCUGAUAUCCAAAUGUGCAGCAACAGCAGACAAUGUAAUCCUCGGAUGAAGGCCUUCGCCAUGUGGACUUGUGUGCGAGAUGUUGAUGGUUGACAAGAUUUCCACCCAUUCAUAAACUUUUUGUUGAGUCCUGAGACCACAGGAGCCAACAUCCUGUGGUGAAUUUCAGUAGGCAUCGCUCCCUCUGCCCAAAGAAAUCUCAACAAUGGUGCAAUCCCACAAUGAAGUGUCCAUGUUUAUUUGACUUUGGCUUCAACUAGACUAUGUAUUCUAACUACCCAUAAGCCAUUGCAAACCCAUAAGCGAUUGUGGUGUUGUAUUGCGUCAGCUUCUAUCCAUUGCGUUUAGAGCAGAAUUUUCAAAUUUCCUUUACUUUUUGAUUUACAUACAGUAUAUGUAGGUGUACGGUGAAGAGCAGCAGGAAGCACCAGUUGUUUCUUCCACUUCAGCCACUCCUAGGCACAUGCAGCUGAUACUUACCAACUAACCUAACACACAUGUCUUUUGGAUACAGAAGAAAGAACAGAAAUUCUCUCAUAAACAAGGAGAACAUGUGAACUCUGCUCAAAUUGUGCCCAGCCAGACCCUAAGCAAGCGAUCAGGAGCUGUGAGGGACCAGCACUAACCACUGCGCCACUGUGCUCCCCCCUAUGGAUAGGGCAACCUGUGCAGUGCAGCAGUCUCAGUGUUCUUAACUGCUAUCCUGCCACUGGGUUUGUUCAGCUAAAGAGAAGCAAUAUUCACUCUGGCAGAGGGGGCAAUUUGCUGAUCUGGAUGCACUUGAAUUUAAAGACGUGGCGCACAUCUCUCUGUGUGUAAGAGACACAUUGUUGCACCAGAUCGCCCCUACCAGAAUCUAUUCCAUAACAUGCAGGGGACUGGCUUAUUCAUUUUCCUAUGGAAGUAUUAGGAGUCUAAUUAUUUAAUUGAAAAAGACUUAUCAUAUCAGCAGGUGGGACCUGCUUUGGUUCCUUGUAUAUAUAUACCUGUAUAUAGCAUGGUGACCCAUAGAGGGCGCUGCUCCCUUCACCGGGAGGGCCAUGGUGGCCAGAGGGCCCUGGGAGAAGCUCUUUCUGUAAGCCGUUUGAGGACUGUGUGCAUGCUGUUGUGUGGGUUUCUGUUCUGCUAAAGCCCCCUGCCCAUUCCACACCACCCCACCCCCCGCCACUAACCACACCUCGAUCGACUUCUCCGUUUUUCUUUUCCUCCAAUGGAAGUCUUGUAUCUGAGUUGUGUAUUGCCGCCAGCAUGUGGCCGCACGUGUUCGGGCCCUCCUGCAUUUCUUUUUCCUUUGCAUUAAUUUUCUUUUUCUUUUUAUUAGUUUUUUUUUUGUUUUGUUUUUGCAUGGUGAGUUUUUUUUUUUCCAGACCAAACCUUGAUGUACAUUUAUUUCCUUGUCAUAUGUUGGAUGUAAAACCAUUUGUAUUGGAUUGCCUUAAAAGACAAUAAAAUUAUUACUUUUACAAAAGUU